CAACCCGAUACAAUUGCUAAUUCAAAUUGCAGUUUCUGCUAGAACUGUUAAGAGUUUCAUUUACGUACAGCGGUCUCGCGGAAUUGACUUGUACAUUAACGAAUUAAACGAAAUACCGCCAAGAUGGGUUGUGGAAUGAGUACUGAGGAUAAGGAGGGGAAGGCCCGCAAUGAAGAGAUUGAGAACCAGCUCAAGCGCGACAAGAUGAUGCAGCGCAAUGAGAUCAAAAUGUUGCUUCUCGGUGCUGGAGAGUCUGGUAAAUCCACAAUUCUCAAGCAGAUGAAGCUCAUCCACGAAGGUGGCUACUCCCGCGAUGAGCGCGAAUCCUUCAAGGAAAUCAUCUACAGCAACACCGUCCAGUCGAUGCGUGUCAUCCUCGAAGCCAUGGAAUCCUUGGAAUUGCCCCUCGCAGACCCGCGCGCCGAGUAUCAUGUGCAGACCAUCUUCAUGCAGCCCGCUCAGAUUGAAGGUGAUAGUCUUCCCCCAGAGGUCGGCGGUGCUAUCCAGGCCUUGUGGCGUGAUACAGGUGUCCAAGAGUGUUUCCGCCGCUCGCGUGAGUACCAGCUCAAUGACUCUGCUAAAUACUACUUUGACUCCGUCGAGCGUAUCGCACAACCCGACUAUCUACCGAGUGACCAAGAUGUGCUCCGUUCUCGUGUCAAGACCACCGGUAUCACCGAGACUACAUUCAUCAUUGGUGACUUGACAUACCGUAUGUUCGACGUGGGUGGACAGCGUUCCGAGCGUAAGAAGUGGAUUCACUGCUUCGAGAACGUGACCACAAUUCUCUUCUUGGUCGCCAUUUCCGAAUACGACCAACUUCUUUUCGAAGAUGAGACUGUCAACCGUAUGCAGGAAGCCUUGACCCUGUUUGACUCCAUUUGCAACUCUCGCUGGUUCAUCAAGACCUCUAUUAUUCUAUUCCUUAACAAGAUCGAUCGAUUCAAGGAGAAGCUUCCUGUCAGCCCCAUGAAGAACUACUUCCCGGAUUACGAGGGAGGCGCCGAUUAUGCUGCUGCCUGCGACUACAUUCUCAACCGCUUCGUGUCACUCAACCAAGCCGAGCAGAAGCAGAUUUACACACACUUCACAUGUGCCACGGACACAACCCAGAUCCGAUUCGUCAUGGCUGCGGUCAAUGAUAUCAUCAUCCAAGAAAAUCUCCGUUUGUGUGGUCUGAUUUAAUGAAUAGGUGGCUUGCGUUGAUGCCGAAUGCUUUAGAUUACUGUCAGCAUGAGAUUUUUUUUAAUCAUUGCCGUGAAUUUUCAUAUUCAUUUUCUUUUGGAUUUUCAAUACCACAUCGGUUGUUUCCUUCUGU